UAAAAAACCUUAUGUUCUUCCAGUACCCGCUUUCAAUGUGAUCAACGGUGGUUCUCACGCUGGUAAUAAACUCGCUAUGCAAGAAUUUAUGAUUUUACCAACUGGCGCCUGCUCUUUUACUGAAGCUAUGAAAAUUGGAUCUGAGGUUUAUCAUUCUUUGAAAUCUGUUAUCAAAUCAAAGUAUGGUCAAGACGCUACUAACGUUGGUGAUGAAGGUGGUUUCGCACCAAACAUACAAGACAACAGAGAAGGACUUGAAUUACUUAAAGAAGCUAUUAAAAAAGCUGGUUAUACUGAUAAAGUAAAGAUUGCUAUGGAUGUAGCAGCUUCAGAAUUUUAUAAAGAUGGAUCAUAUGAUUUAGAUUUUAAAAAUCCAAGCUCUGAUAAAUCGAAAUGGUUAUCUGGUGAAAAACUUGCUAAUUUGUAUAAAGAAUUCAUUCAAGAAUAUCCUAUCGUUUCUAUUGAAGAUCCGUUUGAUCAAGAUGAUUGGUCUGCUUGGAGUUAUCUUAAUAAUUCAACCGAUAUCCAAAUUGUUGGUGACGAUUUGACUGUCACUAAUCCUAACAGAAUUACCACCGCAAUAGAAAAAAAAGCAUGUAACGCACUUUUGUUAAAGGUCAAUCAAAUUGGUACCGUUAGUGAAUCUAUCCAGGCUGCCAAAUUAUCUCAAACUAAUGGAUGGGGUGUAAUGGUUUCUCACCGAUCUGGAGAAACCGAAGAUACUUUUAUUGCUGAUCUCGUGGUUGGUUUACGUACCGGACAAAUUAAAACUGGUGCACCUUGCCGCUCUGAACGAUUGGCUAAAUAUAAUCAAUUAUUACGUAUUGAAGAAGAAUUAGGUGCUGAUGCAACAUGCUCAUAA